AUGACUGUGCUCAAUGUUGGAGAGAAACCUAAAAUGGGUUAUAUGAACAAAGCAUUGCCGAACUGUGCACAGAAAUGCAGACAAUCUCCUGUUAAAGCUGUUACUUUCAUCCAAGAAAGCAUGAGAGAUAAACUGAAGGAGAAAAUUAGUUCUCCAAAGAAUGAAAUGACUCUGCAUGCAUGGAAAAAUGAUGGCAAAUUACUUACUCUUUCUUCCAUCAAAGGGAACAUUACCGACAAACUGAAGGAGAAAAUUAUUUCUCCAAGGAAAGGAUUAAUUUUGUAUGCAGGGAGUGAUGGCAAAUACUAUGUUCAGAGCACGGGUGAAGUCUUUUACCAUCCGUCUCAUACACAGUCUAUUCAUCACAAAGUUGGCUUGAGCUUUUUCGUACAUGAAAGGGCAAUAGCAAUCAAAAAGAAAUCGACAAAAGAAUCCAAACCAGUUCAGAAUGUGGCACAUACACCAAAGUGUAAAUUUCCAACGCGUACAAGGAAGAAAGGUGGAAUGAAAAUACAUUAUGACGACACUGAAUCCUCAGACAGCUCUUUUUACAGUGAUAUAUCUGCUAACUUGUCUUCAGAGGAAGAGGAUGACUUAGACAACGAGGAGGCGGAGUCAGCAAUGAGUGAUGAUGCUGAUGAUCUAAAUGAAGAUGAACAGCUUGACUUUGAUGGUGCAGAUGGGAAGCCAGCUGUUCUUGGCAGAAAUGCAAAGAGGGCAGCAGCUAUGAAAUGUUUAAACUACUCAGAGUUCAGAAAUAGUGAUGCAGAAGAAGAUGAUGAGGAUGAUGCUGACAAUGAUGAAGGAACUGAAGAGAAACCAGAACAAGUAGAAGACACAGAUCCAUGUAAAGCCUGUUCGAGUAGUCGACUACCUCAUACAAUUCUCCUGUGUGAUUAUUGUGACAGUGGCUAUCACAUGACCUGCCUGAUUCCGCCCCUGUCCUUGGUACCACUCGGGGAUUGGCUGUGCCCACCUUGUGAGCAUGAGGAGUUGGUUCAGACCCUUAAAAAGAACCUGAAGUUGGCACAAAAUGCUAUAAAUCGAUGGCAAUCGAAAAAUAAAAGACUAGAAUACAGCCAGGAGUCCUUCCGAGUAGCAGAGCACAACAUUAUCAGCUCUGAGAGAAGAACGUGCAGACAGAAAUCAGUCAACUACAAUGAGUCAGAGUAUGAAAAGAGGUUGUACGAAAGUGUUGAAAAAAAUAUUGAGAAAACAGAGAAAGUCACUACAUCAGCCAAAAGGAAAUCAAAGUCCCCAAAAAAUACCUCAGAAGAUCAGUCUUUGUCUGACACUGACUCAAGUACGGGUUCAACAAAAGAACAACACACUUCAUCACGGUUUAAAAAGACUGGUAGAAAUAAACCAAAAUCCUGCAGCAAAAGCAGGGAUUACUGCAAUAAACCAGUCUCGAAGAAAGAUCUGAAAAACUAUAAGAGAAGAAGGCACUUGUUGACUGGGGUUGAAGACAAUAGCUGCAGUGACACUGACAGUGACUAUGUGCCAGAUGUGUACAGUGGCUCUGACAGUGAGAAGCAGGAUUCCCGGGAGAUAUCGGAUCACACCCCUCCUGUGCGCUAUACAGCGUAUGGAAGGAAGACAAAGAAUGUCUCUUAUACUUAGCUUGACAGACGAAGAAUGUCUCAUAUACCUAGCGUGCCAGCUAGUUUUAACUGUUUCAACUAUAGGUGGAUGUUUUUGUUUGCUAAAAAAUCUGAAAGUCCAGACCACAAAUGAAUAUACCUGUUUAAAAAUGUUGGUGCAAGAAGUUUAUCUUCAAAUUGACAAAAUUGAAAACAAUACUAUUACUUAAGUUAAGGGUAUAAUCUCAUAAGUUACACUUUUUGGGACAAAUAUUUGUUUGUGCUUUAAAACUAUAAAAAUAAUCUCUGUCCAAUAUAAAAUGUCCAAUACAAAUGUAUUUUGGUACACAAAUUUACAUAAUUCCAUAAAAUUUCGAUAAAAGAACAUAAAUAAUAGUUAAUCAAAGAAAGGUUGUGCUAUUGACCUGGCAGGAUCAUUGUGUAUAGGGGCUGUUCAUUUUUUGCCAUAUACUUAAGGCAGACUUGAACAAAUUUAUUUGUGCUCAAUGGUAAAUCUAGUUAAAACAGAAUCAUUUGACUAAAUUUGGUUUUAAUCAAGCUGCAAACACACCAUGUCAAUCCACUAUAGACAAAAAUCAACUGUAAUUUAAUGGGUUAAUUUUUAUUAGCUCACCUGAGCUGUGCUCAUGGUGAGCUUUUGUGAUCGCCUUUUGUCCGUCGUGCAUUGUGCGUCGUGCUGCGUCAACAUUUGCCUUGUGAACACUUCAGAGGUCACAUUUAUUGUCUGAUCUUCAUGAAACUUGGUCAGAACAUUUUUCCCAUUGAUACCUCGACUGAGUUCGAAACUGGGUCAUGCUGGGUCAAAAACUAGGUCACUAGGUCAAAAAAAACAAAAAUCUUGUGAACAAUGUAGAAGUCACAUUUGAUGCCUAAUCUUCAUGUUACUGUGUCAAAAUGUUUGUCUUAAUAAGAUGUUGGUUGAGUUGAAAAAUGGUUCCAGUCUGUUGAAAAAUAUGGCCUCCAGGGGGUGGGGCAGUAUUCCUGAUAUGGCUAUAUAGAAACCUUGUGAACACUCUAGAAGUUACAAUUUUAACCCAAUCAUCAUGAAACUUGGUCAAAACAUUGGUUUCAUUGAUAUCUCGGUUGAGUUUGAAAAUGGUCCAGAUCGUUGAAAAAACAUGGCCGCCAGGGGGUGGGGCAGUUUUCUCUAUAUGUAUAUAGUGAAAACAUGUGAACACUCAAGAAGUCACAUUUUUGGUCCAAUCUUAUGAAAUUUGGUCAGAACAUUUGUUUUCUAGAUACGACAGUUGAGUUAAAAAAUGGUUUGGAUCAGUAAAAAAACAUGGCCACA